AUGAGGCAACCCAACCACCCUUUCCAGCGUCCAUUUCUUCUUUUGCUAAUUCUAUUCCUCAUCUAUCUAUCUAUCUAUCUAUCUAUCUAUCUAUCUAUCUGUAUUCCUUAUCUAUUUAUUUAUCUAUCUCAGUCUAUUCCUUAUCUAUCUAUCUAUCUAUCUAUCUAUCUAUCUAUCUAUUUUAGUCUAUUCCUUAUCUAUCUAUCUAUCUAUCUAUCUAUCUAUCUAUCUAUAUUCCUUAUCUAUUUAUUUAUCUAUCUCAGUCUAUUCCUUAUCUAUCUAUCUAUCUAUCUAUCUAUCUAUAUUCCUUAUCUAUGUAUUUAUCUAUCUCAGUCUAUUCAUUAUCUAUCUAUCUAUCUAUCUAUCUAUCUAUCUAUCUAUCUAUCUAUCUAUCUAUCUAUAUUCCUUAUCUAUUUAUUUAUCUAUCUCAGUCUAUUCCUUAUCUAUCUAUCUAUCUAUCUAUCUAUCUAUCUAUCUAUCUAUCUCAGUCUAUUCCUUAUCUAUCUAUCUAUCUCUAUCUAUCUAUCUAUCUAUCUAUCUAUCUAUCUAUCUAUCACAGGUGCAGCCAUAUGCUCUCUCGCAGACUUUAGCCAGCAUUUCCUCAUACCAAAGCAACUUUCUUUCAUGAGCCUCUUCAAUCCCUUCUUCCCAUGCCACGGCACAAUAACCCGUACUGGCAGUUUAGCAUCAACCAACACUCUCCACUUCCUUGAGUCCUCCGACCUGGUCUUCUGCCUUGUGUCAUUCACACCUUACUUCAGGAAGGCUACUCUUCGAAGGUCCAACGAGGGUAUGCUAGCGUUUCUUGCAGCUGCUGCCACGACCUCCAGAACCAAGUUAUGUCUGAAGGUGUACCAGCCGUUCUGUAGCGCCUUCGGGGAGGAUGACUAUGUGGUGGAGACCAAGUCCAGCACGUCCCUUUCUUGUAACCCACUGAACUUCUGCCUGCUUUACCAUCAUUUCCAUGCUGACACCACGUCUGACACUUUCCACUUUCUUCCUGUUUUCACCUCCGGCACAUUCUUCCAGAUUACAGUAUCUCUAUUCACACAGCAUGGACAGCAAUCUCACCUUAGCCACCCUGUACCCCUCCACCAAAGAAGCCCACCCCCACUUAUUGCUGGAUUUCAAUCCCACGGUAACGAUUUGUCACAUGGAAGUUAUACCACCUCCCAAGACUCUUCACACCUUGCUCCUGAACUGUUGGUAUCUUUUCACCUGCGAUGGAAAACACUUCAUACAGCAUAUGUCACCCCAUUACGAGCAUCCACAGAACACGCUCUUGACCUCCGUACAACUUCUUGGACUUCCUUCCAAGUUACUGGAGACUCAUCAAAAGCUACUUCCGGGGCGCCAGGCCUGAUUAAUCUGGCAUCACUUCAGCUGGGACCUCUCUGCUGCUCCUCCUCCUCCUCAACACUCAACGCCCCCGCUAGUCUUCUCCUAAACAACUGCUUCGUGAAGAUUGGCUUAAUUUCCUCUGCCCUCUGCUCAUCAUCCCGCAUUGCUGCUCGUAACCUUCGUAUCUCUUUCCUCAAUGACCGGAUGGUUCUCCGCCGCCGACUUACCUGCACUGGAGCUAAGGACUUAGCUUUCAUUUCCUUUAACCCAAACCUGAAGAUAGUUAUUUCGCUUCCUCAUUCUUCUUCUUUUUCUUCUUCUUUGUUUGUUUCUUUCUUUGUUACUGUUUUCUUCGAUUUGACUUUCCAUUAUUCAUUAUUUGUGUGGAGUCUUUCUUUUCUUGUCUUUCCUUCAUUCGCUAUUUGUUAUAUUUUUAUCUCCCUUUAUUUUUUCUUCUUCUUUCUUUCUUUCUUUCUUUCUUUUCCGUUUAGUUUUUAUCUUCUUUCUUUUGUUUCAUGCUUUUCUAUUUUCCAUUUUUCAUUCAUAUUUUCUUUAAUACAGUCUUUCUUUUUUUCCUUCGUUCUCUCUUUUAUUUUUAUUUUCGUUUUUCAUUUCAUUCUUUCUCAUCAUUUCUUCACUCUUUUCUUCAUUUUUACCUCUCCCUAUUAUCUUUUUUAUGUUCUCACAUUUUCGGCCCUUUUCUUUCUUUUUUUCCACUACUUUUUCCUUCCUGUUCCCGUUCGUUUUUUUAUCUUCUCUACCUUGCUUCAUACUUUCUUAUUGUUUCAUUUCUUUCUUUCUUUCUUUCUUUCUUUCUUUCUUUCUUUCUUUAUCUUUUUACUCUGUCUUUUAUUCUUUGUCUUGAUUCUACUUUCUUUUUCGUCUCUUUCUUUCGUUCGUUCUUUCUUUAUGCAUUUAGUUGUUUUCUUUUUCUUUUCUCUUUCUUUUCCAUCAUAUUCUUCCUUUGAUUUUAUAUUUCUUUAUCCAUUCCUUCGUCUUAUCUUUCGUUUAAUAUUUUUGUCAUCUCUCUUUUGGCUUUGA